AACUCAUACAUACCAAAUGUCUAUCAACACCAAUAAACAUUAACUGCAUGAAAGCCUUGCUUCCCAACUAAUCUCUCAAUUCUUAUUAACAAUUGCUUAUUUCAGGUUUCACACUAUCUCCCUCCAAAUCUUUCAUUAAAUUAACUUCAACAACAUGAUUUACAACUCUAUAAAAACCUCAUCCAUCCUCAGGUUUUGCUUCAUUGCAAGCUAAACUUGUUUACACAGAGUCUCUUCUGCCAGAAUUGUCAACAUGGGAAGCGAAAAUAUCCCGCAAGGAACUUUCUCAAAGAUGCCAAACCCUGGCAAGGCUACUAUUCUUGCCAUCGGCAAGGCCUUCCCUCACCAGCUUGUUAUGCAGGACUAUCUCGUUGACGGGUAUUUCAAGAACACCAACUGCAACGAUCCAGAGCUGAAAGAGAAGCUCACGCGACUCUGCAAGACAACGACUGUUAAAACAAGGUAUGUGGUGAUGUCAGAAGAGAUCCUGGAGAAAUAUCCGGAGCUUGCUGUUGAAGGCCUCCCUACAGUAAAGCAACGGCUGGAAAUUUGUAAUGAUGCUGUGACACAGAUGGCCAUUGAAGCUUCACAAACUUGCAUCAAGAACUGGGGAAGAUCCAUAUCAGAUAUAACCCACUUAGUCUAUGUCUCUUCAAGUGAAGCUAGGCUGCCUGGUGGUGAUCUUUACCUUGCCAGAGGGCUUGGACUCAGCCCCGAAACUCAUCGAGUUUUGCUGUACUUCAUGGGCUGCUCUGGAGGCGUGGCUGGUCUCCGUGUAGCAAAAGACAUUGCUGAAAACAAUCCUGGAAGUAGAGUUCUGUUAGCUACUUCUGAAACUACUAUUAUUGGGUUCAAGCCACCAAAUGCAAAUAGACCGUAUGACCUGGUUGGUGUUGCACUCUUUGGAGAUGGAGCUGGAGCCAUGAUAAUAGGAUCUGACCCAAAUUCAAUCACUGAAAAGCCUCUCUUUGAGCUCCACACAGCAAUUCAGAAUUUCCUGCCAAAUACUGAAAAAAGUAUCGAUGGACGGCUCACAGAAGAGGGCAUUACCUUCAAGCUUGCCAGGGAGCUUCCUCAGAUAAUUGAAGAUCACAUCGAGGGGUUCUGCACGAAGUUAAUGGACACUGUUGCAUUGAGUAACAAGGAUUACAAUAAGAUGUUUUGGGCAGUUCAUCCCGGGGGCCCUGCAAUAUUGAAUAGGAUGGAGAAGAGACUUGAGUUGUUGCCGGAAAAACUGAAUGCCAGUAGAAGAGCUCUGAUGGACUAUGGCAAUGCUAGUAGUAACACAAUUAUGUAUGUACUGGAGUACAUGAUUGAAGAGGAGCAGAAAAUGAAGAAAGUGGAGCAAGGUCAAGGAGAUUGUGAGUGGGGUUUAAUAUUGGCUUUUGGUCCUGGAAUUACCUUUGAGGGAAUUCUUGCCCGUAACCUCAGUGUCUGAAAAACAUACGGGACCUCAAGUUUCAUUCAUACCAGGAGUCUUACAUAUAUUCUCCUGAAACUAAUAAAAGUAUCACUAUAUUUGUCUUUU